AAGGCGAUAUGAUGAUGAGUGAUGACCAAGUCAUGCAUUGAAGAAAAUGGAUCCUAUAAGCGUGCCUACAAAUACAGCGAGUGGUACAUGUGAAGGAGCAUGAUGCAUGAGAGUGAUAGACGAUCGAUCAUCCAUCCAUGGGUUCGUUAGAGCUGAGUGAUGAUAUGGGAGAGACCGAAAUGGAGAUGCAGGGUCAUAUAGGAGCCGCCGCCGGAGGGGAACACAACACCAUCAUCACCACCUCUACAACAUCCUCAGCCGCCGGAGGAUGGGGAGCUAUCAAGUACAUCCUUGGGAACGAAGCGUUCGAGAAGCUGGCGUCGAUGAGUUUGGUAGGGAACAUGACGGUGUACUUGCGCACGAAAUACAACCUGGAAGGAGUGGAGUUGGUUAACGUGGUGAGUAUAUGGAACGGCACCUCCAACAUCUCCACCCUCGCCGGAGCUUUUGUGUCUGAUGCCUAUUUCGGCAGAUUCCUCACCCUCUUCUGCGGCUCCCUUUCCUCUCUUACGGGUAUGGGAAUUGUGACCUUGACCGCAGGUGUAUCAAAACUAAGGCCGCCCCCAUGCAAAGACGAAGACGACCAUUCCCAUGCGUGCGUGCAACCCCACGGGUGGCAGCUGGCCGUCCUCUACGCCGGUCUCGCCCUCCUCUCCUUGGGCUCCGGCUGCAUCCGCCCCUGCAACAUCGCCUUCGGCGCCGACCAGUUCGACACCGACACCGCCAAGGGCAGGUCGCAGCUCGAGAGCUUCAUCAACUGGUGGUACUUCUCCUUCACCAUCGCCCUUCUCCUCGCUCUCACAGCCGUCAUCUACAUCCAGACCGAGAUCAGCUGGACCAUCGGCUUCGCCAUCCCCACCGCCUGCCUCCUCUGCUCCAUAUCCAUUUUCUUGAUCGGCCGCCACACUUACAUAAACAAGCCACCGCAGGGCAGCGUCUUCGUUGACCUCGCCAAAGUCGUCACGGCGUCUUUCCUCAAACGCCGCGUGCGGCUGGGCCAGCCGAGCCGCACGCUGUCAGAGGAGGAAAGUCAUUCAUAUUAUGACCCGCCUCCUCGAGCAGCGGAAAUGACGACAAAAUUGCCACCGACUGGACGGUUCUUGUUUCUGAACAAGGCUGCGGUUAUCAUGGAUGGUGAAUUGGAUGAAGAUGGGAAUCCCAGGAACACGUGGAGGUUGUGCAGCGUUCAGCAAGUGGAGCAGUUGAAGUGUUUGAUCGGGAUAAUCCCGGUUUGGGUCUCGGGUCUGGGCUGCUUCCUCGUGAUGGACCAACAGGCCUCAUUCGGGACACUGCAGGCGAUCCAAAUGAACCGAUCAGUCCUGUUCGGGUCGGCCCGUUUCAAGGUCCCGCCCGCCUGGAUGGGAAUCACCUCCAUGAUAGCACUAAGCAUCUGGAUUUUGGUGUACGAGAGGGUAUACGUCGUAACCUUCAAGAAAAUCUCGGGAAGAACAGGGGACGACGACCAUGCAUGCAGGUUGACCCCAAGUCAACGGAUCCGGGUCGGCAUCUUCAUGUCCAUACUCUGCAUGCUCUCGGCCGCGGUGGUGGAGCAGAAGCGGCGAGCUUCAGCCCUGAAACACCGCGCGUUCGAGUCACCGCUCUCAUUCGCGUUGCUGCUGCCGCAGUUUGUGCUGUCUGGCUUGACAGAGGCACUGGCUGCCGUCGCCAUAAUGGAGUUCUUCACCACUGAGAUCCCGGAGAACAUGAGAAGCUUGGCGGGUUCGGUUUUUUUCCUGAGCCUGUCGUUCGCCAGCUACCUGAGUUCCAUUUUGGUGAACGUGAUACACAGCGCGACGAAGAGGAAGGGGAGAAGUCCGUGGCUGGGCGGGCAUGAUUUGAACAAGAACAGGUUGGAGUACUACUACUACAUAAUCGCUGCAAUUGCAGGCCUGAACUUCUUGUAUUACAAUUUAGUGGCUAGCAGUUAUGUUACCAGUAGCAGCAAGGAAGAUGUAACGGAGUCUAGAGCCAUGGAGAAUUCACGAUCAAGGUUGAUGACAGAAUUGGAGCAAAGAGGUGAUAUUAAUGGUAGUGAAGAAAUUGGGUUGCAAAGGAUAGCAGCUGCUGUUUGAACCAUUCAUUUAUUAUUCAAUUGAUCAGUAGUACUAUACUGUGAUUUUCUUGAUUCACGGGCCUUUCCCG